CUGCUACUAAUUUUACAGCCUGAGUAGCUGUCAGUUAGCCGUUAGUGCAAGUACAUUAGAUGAACUUGACAAGAUGGACACACUUUCGUUCUUAAGCUUUUGUUAUUCCGUUAUCUGAAGUAAAAAAAUAAGUAAAGAUGUUAAAAAGAGGAACAGGUUCCAAAGCAAGCUACAGUCCGUAUUCAACGGUCCAGAGAGUCAAGAAAGUAGACAGCAAAACAAAACUGGAUCUGUUGCCCAAUAAAGCCAAUGUGUGGUUAAAACAACUGUCCAUUCUUCAAGAGCAGCCUCGAAAAGAUGGCUCAGAUGCUAGUUCUUCCUCUUCGUCUGCAUCCUUCUCCACCACCUCAAGUCUUUGCCCAUCAGCAGUGGAAGGCUCGGGCACUGCGUCUGCCACACAUGGAAAACUGGUGGGUUGUGCGUCACCAGCAGGCACACUGAAGAGGCCUACAACUCUGAGCCGCAAUGCCAGCGCCGCGGGCUCCCCGAUCCAAUCCUGGGUGUUCAGUAAGGGUCAAGGCCGGGCUGCUAUUGCCCAGAGCCCUCAGACCGAGGCAGUGGAAAUGCCGAUAGCUAUCGAGGUAGAGGACAUUCCCCCACUGCUACGUGCUGUGGCUCGCUUUGCUGAGGCUGUGGAGAAACUCAAAGAUGUAGUUCUGGAAGACAAACGGGAAAACCGCCGUCCAUUGGCCCACGAGUGUCUGGGAGAGGUGCUGCGGAUUCUGCGUCAAAUCAUCAACAUGUACCCGCUCCUCAACACAGUGGAGACUCUCACCGCUGCCGGCAAACUCAUCUCCCAGGUCAAAGGCUUUCAUUAUGAAGUCUGCAAUGAAACAGACAAAAAGGACUUUGAGAAAGCUAUCGAGACCAUUGCAGUAGCUUUCAGCAACAAUGUUUCAGAGUUGUUAAUGGGAGAGGUUGACAGCAGCACUCUUCUAUCAGUUCUACCCACAGAGAAGAGCAAGUCUAUGGAGAACCUGUACAGAAUCUCUGGUAUGGAGACUUCACACGACUCUUCUGAAUUGGCAAUGAGAGCUGAGGAGGUCGACAUCCUUCUGCAGCGCAGUGAAGGUGGAGUUGACUCUGCGUUAACGUAUGCUAAGUCCAUCUCCAAGUACAUGAAGGACCUCAUUGGCUACGUGGAGAAACGCAUUUCUUUUGAGGUGGAAUUUUCCAAAGGCCUCCAAAGGGUUUAUCAGACAUGCAAGCAAACAAUCACACAGCCACACAUGCCUUUCUUCUCCAUAUAUUCUCUGGCACUGGAGCAGGAUCUGGAGCAGAGUUCAGCAAUACAGCAAGCUGCAAACACUCUGUACAGCCAGACCUUCAUACAGCCUCUGAUGCAGAGAAAGCAGGAGCAUGAGAAGAAAAGAAAAGAGCUGAAGGAACAGUGGCUCAAAGCCAAGAGAAAACUGUUGGAGUCUGAGGCUAAUUUGCGGCGGGCUAAGCAGGUCUAUGUCACCCGCUAUGAGGAAUAUGAGAAGGCCAAGAUGGCAGCUAGCAGAGCAGAGGAGGAGGGCAGCAGCUCCACGGCCAAAGCAGUGGAUAAGAAAAAGCGUCUAGAGGAAGAGGCUCGCAAUAAGGCAGAGGAAGCGGAGGCCACGUACCGUGUGUGUGUUGCAGAUGCCACACAGCAGCAGCAGGAGCUGGAGCACACAAAGGUUACAGUGCUGAGACAGAUCCAGGAGGUCAUCAAGCAAAGUGACCAGACCCUCCGCUCUGCCACUAUUUCCUACUACCAGAUCAUGCAUAUGCAGACAGUGGGGCUGCCUGUGCACUACCAGACACUGUGUGAGAGCAGUAAGCUGUACGAUCCAGGACAGCAGUACGCCACACAUGUCAAAGAGCUGCAGAUGAGUGAGGAGCCUGAGGUCCAUUACACCUUCGAGCCCUACUGUGCCUCCAGCAGCCAGUGCGUGUCACACACAGGGUUCAAGCAUCAGGCAGCCAGAGUGCGCAGUGACAGCUCCAAUACUGAUGCAGCGAGCAGCUCUGAGGGGACAGUCACAGCUGGAGACACAGACGAUCCUGCAACUGCUCAGAAAGAGGAGCAGAGGAAAGCACGUGGUCACAUGACUCACAAAUCUUGGGGCUCCACCGUGAGUGACACAGACAUUGUAGUCGGAGGAAAUGACCUAGGGUCCCCCACCAACAGUGCAGGUGACAUCAGUAAAAUCGCCCGAACGUCGUCCACAGGAACCAUGUCAUCAAACGAGGACCCCGAGGAAAAAGAUGGGGGCAUGGCCAACUUUGAAUCUUCCAAUAUAAAUGGCAUCGAGCCUGAUAUUGUGGUGCCGACUGGGCCGUUUAGAAGUGUGGGCCUAUCCAAAGCUGCACAAACCCACCGCCUGCGCAAACUGCGCUCUCCAGCAAAAUGCCGGCAGUGUGACAGCUAUGUGUACUUCCAGGGGGCAGAAUGUGAGGAGUGUUUCCUGGCUUGCCAUAAACGCUGUUUGGAGACUCUGGCCAUCCAGUGUGGACAUAAGAAACUGCAGGGCCGCCUCCAGCUCUUCGGACAGGAUUUCUGCCAGGUGUCCAGCAGCAGCUCUGAUGGAAUUCCUUUUAUCAUCAAAAAGUGCACAUGUGAGAUUGAAAGGAGAGCACUUAGGAUGAAGGGUAUCUACCGGGUGAACGGGGUGAAAACCAGGGUGGAGAAAUUGUGCCAGGCUUUUGAAAAUGGCAAGGAGCUUGUGGAGCUGUCUCAAUCCUCUCCACAUGACAUCAGCAACGUGCUUAAGCUCUAUCUGAGACAGCUUCCAGAGCCUAUCAUGCCUUUCCGCCUGUAUAACAGUCUAAUGGGCCUUGCAAAGGAAAGCCUGGCCUUGGUGGGACCUGAGGGGCCCGAGGCUGGGAAAGGACCUGAUCUGGUUGAUCUGGGUCCAGAGACAGACCCCAAACUUCUGAACCUUGUGGACAGACUAAAGGAACUCCUCACUGAGCUGCCCAAAGUGAACAUGACCACACUGCGCUACAUUGUGCGCCAUCUCCGCAGGAUUGCUGAGCUGGAAGAGGACAAUAAGAUGAGCCCCAGUAAUCUGGGCAUUGUGUUUGGGCCAUCAUUGAUGCGGCCCCGGCCCUCAGGGGCCACAGUGUCCCUGUCUUCUCUGGUGGAUUACCCUUAUCAGGCCCGCAUUGUGGAGACACUCAUUGUAUUUUACUCCACUAUCUUCCCUUCUCAGUCAAAUCGUACAGGAGCUGUCUGUACGGUUCACUCGCCAUCACUGCAGCAGGAGAGCAGUAUUGAUGGGGAGGACUCGGGUACAAAUGACGACGAAACAGAUCAAACUGAAGAACAUGAAGGAACCGAGGCAGACAAGAUAAAUGUGGGACGAGAGGGCUCCACAGGCACACUGGGAUCCAUGGAGCAUAGUCUGGAUUCUGACUCAGAGCUGGAGGAGGAAGGAGGUGAGACUGAAGAACAGACACUCUCCACUAUCAAUAAUGAGAAUCCUGAAGUAACCCCUCCCACAGCAGAGGUCCAGAAUCACUUGGGUUCAGACAGCGAACCUCCUGCAUUGCCUGAGAGUGAGCCUCCUGAACUUGAGAGUCCAGACGUACUACCAACGAGCUCGUUUGCACAGCUCAGCAUCAACCAGUCUGACAAUAAUUAGCCACAGAGAUGUGUGGCACAACUCCUGAACUUUAAGCAUGUUUCCACCACAGAAACUAGUUCCUGAGCCUUAGUUUCAGAAAUCUGAUUCAGAGUCAGUACUUUUCUGCAAACCAGGAACUUUACAAGAUAUCUGAUAUAAUUACAGCUUAAUAUUAUUUUUACAGUUUAGCUAACAAGCUUGUUUUAUAUCAGAUGUAAUGCAGGAUGACAGGCACAUUUCCAUGAUGCUUUGUUUUAACAUGUGUGGUGAGUCAAACAUAUCGUGGCUUGCUUAUAGUUACAAUACAGGCUUGAAAUUAAAAUUGCACUUCGUCCCUGCUUUACUGCUGCUGGUACACUGGCACUGAGGCGACAUGACAAAGCAGCUUGAGGUAAUUCAUUUACAAUGAGAGUUGAUUUAGCAUGACGGGAAGUGAAGCAACCACAACGCAAAGUGAGAAAUUGAUCAACAUGAAAAAGUUAGUAGAAGAAUAAAUGGAUAUUAAAAUUCAGAAGCAAAUCCGAAGCAAAAAUAACGUGGCUACAGUACUAAUGUGUGUGUGCCUAUUAAGGAAUAGUGGCACACACUCAAUCUACACCAUUAUCCUGUGUGCGUACAGCCCUGUAUUUGAUGCACCAACAUAGAACAGUGAGAGUGAUUUCAACAAAGCAGACAGAAAAAUGCCAAGAAAAAUCCACCCUGAUGAAACAUAUAUGAAAUGUUUUUAUAUUGAAAUAUUUAUAUGAUCAGUGAUUCUGGUGCUCAUCUGUCGGUUGGGGCUCUGAUCAGCUAGAUGACACUGAGUGACUGCAGAGAUGCAACUCAGCUAGUUAGUGAUCUACAAGAUGAUAAGAACAAUGGUGUUGACUGAGGGAAUAGCAUGAAAGAUCUGUAUGAAAGAAACUGAUCUGUAUGAGCGUAUUAGUGAGCAGAUGAAGGAGAUGGACAGACUAACACCAAGCUGCAUCAGUCUGUUUAGAUAGCCCCAUUAUCAGCAGCUAGUUGCACAGCAGUUUUGCUAAUCUAGGAAAAAGUGAUUAUAUUGAUAAUAAAUAAUUAUAUGCAAGUGAUCCAGGGUGGAUUUUUUUACUAUCGGAAAAACAAACAUUUAAGUAUAAUCUGAUACUAGUACACAAUGAUUAACUGUGUGCAUGUAGUUUAUACUCAACCAUUUCCCUUCCUUAUUUUUAGUUUUAGUUUUAGGGUAAUACAUAAUUUAUUUAUUUUUAUUUUUGUAAAAUUGAAGAUCUUUUUUAUGAUUUGUUCGACUGUUAUUUCAUAGAUUUGUAUGUAGUUUGUGCUGCCAGACCGUGUUAUCAAACAGGUGUUAUCAGGGAAACUAUGGCAACUAGCAAGCUACAUGACGCUAAAGUCUUGCUGCCAGUGUGAAUGCAGUAUAAAUUCCACCCUCCUUGUUCACUGUUUUGCUGUAGUUUAGCUGAAGACCUUCACCAUAGCAUAACAUCCGCUGGUGUUGAUAACAGAUACUUUUCAUGAGCAGUCCACUAUCCUCUUUACUUCCUCAGACACUGGAUCAAAACCUGUCAAAGCUGGGCUAUAUUAUUUGUGUUCAUUUUUCUUUUUUUUUUUCUUCUCAGAAAUAGUGUGGUGUUCAGAUACUAAACACCACAUGAACAUGAUGUCAUGCUUUCCAUGUACAUUUCCUUGUUUGCCUGUUUGUCAGUGUACUGUGUGUUGUCCUGGUUUAUCACACAUCCAUCUAGAUUUAUAAUGAUAUUAAAAUGAGAGUAAUGUUGUAAGUAAAACACAUUAUUCAUUAUUGUUCUUUACAAACAAGUGAAACCUCUUGCAGAGCAACAGAAACUGUCAUUUCUGAUAUUGUAUUAAGAGCAUGUGCAGUGUAUGUGGCAUCAUCAUUAUUACUUAUUUACACCAUCAUUGUUUAAUCCAUAACAUUUUCGCUUGACUAAAAUAUAAAUUUGUUCUUUUACAUUUGUCAUGUAAGUUCUUACAUUGUGACGUUGGGAUGGAAAAAAAUAAAUAACUCAUGAUUUCA